UGGUUUAACAAUUAUUUUGACGAAUUUGACAGACAUUACCACUUGCCACCACAGAACAAAACGUUUUAAUUUGACAUUAUAUUGCAUAUUUGUAUAAAUCUUUUUACGGUGCAACUUGGGAAGUGUUUUGGAAUUGAUUUUCACACUCGUGUCAAGAAAUUCACAAUAACAGGCAUUUUGAAGUAAAGAAACACCUAACAAAAUGGCACUUAAAGGACAAGUGGGUCAAAAAAUCAUGAAUGAAGUCAUUAAGUACAAAGGUCCAAAAAAGAAUGGACCUUCCAAACACGUCGAAUGGAGAGUUCUUGUUGUGGACCAACUUUCAAUGCGAAUGGUCUCUGCAUGUUGUAAAAUGCACGACAUUUCAGCUGAGGGCAUUACUUUGGUGGAAGAUAUCAAUAAAAGACGCGAACCUUUGCAGACAAUGGAGGGAGUGUAUUUGAUAACUCCAAGUGAAAAAUCUGUUCACUCUCUUAUAAACGAUUUCGAAGGGCCUCGCCCAAUGUAUAGAGCGGCACAUGUUUUCUUUACAGAAGCAUGCCCUGAUGAUCUUUUUUAUCAACUAAGCCAGGCUAGAGUCGCGAAAUUUAUCAAAGCCCUAAAGGAAAUUAAUAUUGCAUUUGUACCAGUAGAAGAUCAGGUAUUCUCAUUAGAUUGCGCCGACACCUUUCAGUGUUUUUAUGAUCCUUCAUUUUCUGCUGCAAGAACUGCCAAUAUGGAGCGUAUGGCCGAACAGAUUGCAACCCUCUGUGCUACUCUCGGGGAAUACCCUUCAGUGCGCUAUAGAGCGGAUUGGGACAAAAAUGUAGAAUUAGCACAGUUAAUCCAACAAAAACUAGACGCUUAUAAAGCGGAUGAACCGACAAUGGGUGAAGGACCGGAAAAAGCUCGUUCACAACUCUUAAUUUUGGACAGAGGGUUCGAUUGUGUAUCGCCUCUCUUACAUGAAUUAACAUUCCAGGCAAUGGCUUACGAUUUAUUACCAAUCGAAAACGACGUAUAUCGCUAUGAAGCUACGGCGGGAUCGGCUGAAAAGAAGGAAGUUUUGCUUGACGAAAACGACGAAUUGUGGGUAGAAUUGCGUCAUCAGCACAUCGCCGUCGUUUCUCAAAGUGUUACCAAAAAUUUGAAAAAGUUCACCGAUUCCAAGCGCAUGACUCAAACAGAUAAACAGUCAAUCAAGGAUUUGUCCCAAAUGAUAAAGAAAAUGCCACAAUAUCAGAAAGAACUUUCUAAAUAUUCUACUCAUUUACACUUAGCAGAAGACUGUAUGAAGGCAUAUCAAGGAUAUGUGGAUAAAUUGUGUAAAGUUGAACAAGACUUGGCCAUGGGCACCGAUGCCGAAGGAGAAAAAAUUAAAGAUCAUAUGCGUAAUAUUGUUCCAAUACUACUGGAUCCCAAGAUAACCAACGAGUAUGACAAAAUGAGGAUCAUUGCACUGUACGCAAUGACCAAAAAUGGUAUCACGGACGAAAACCUAUCCAAACUUGCCACCCAUGCGCAAAUAAAGGACAAGCAGACAAUCGCAAACUUACAGUAUUUGGGGGUGAAUGUAAUCUCAGACGGUGGAAUUAGAAAAAAGCAAUACACAGUUCCAAGAAAGGAGCGCAUCACUGAACAAACAUACCAGAUGUCACGUUGGACACCUGUUAUUAAGGACGUAAUGGAGGAUGCAAUCGACGACAAACUCGAUCAGAAACAUUUCCCCUUUUACGUAAGUCGAGCACAAACCACAGGAUAUCAUGCCCCAACAAGUGCUCGCUAUGGGCAUUGGCACAAAGACAAGGGCCAGCAGACGAUAAAAAAUGUCCCACGUUUGAUAGUUUUCGUUGUGGGAGGGGUUUGCUUUUCAGAAAUCCGAUGUGCCUACGAGGUGACAAACGCGGUUAAAAAUUGGGAGGUCAUCAUCGGUUCUUCCCACAUCCUAACACCAGAGAGUUUUCUUAAGGCACUCGCCACUCUAGGCGGCUAGAACUCUAUGAAAAAAGUUUCUUUUAAUAUAUAGUCAGUCUUCUCAUU